AUGAAUCUAUCCAAAGCCUACCUUCUCGCCUACAACGCCCUCGGCGCCAUCCUCUGGCUCCGCAUCCUGCUCACCCUCCUCCCCUUCCUUCCCCUCCUCCAACCCUCUCUAUCUCUAUCUCCAUCCCCCUCCACUCUCACCUCCAUCUACACCACUCUCGAGCCCCAAGCACGAUGGGCCCAAACUCUCGCUGUAGCUGACAUUCUACACGCCGCGGCGGGUAUCACGCGCGCCCCCGUCUUCACCACCUUUACGCAGGUCUUCGCGCGCUCCGUCCAAGUCUGGGCCAUCAAUUACGGCUUUCCGGAUGUGACGGCCUCGUCGCCCGCGUAUGCCUGUAUGCUACUGGCCUGGUCGGCUGCUGAUACGGUGCGAUACUCCCUCUUCAUUGUCCUCUACCCCAUCGGCAUAGCCAGUGAAUGGUGGCUCAUGUACAAGGCAACCACGACGACAGAGAGCGUCGCCGUGUUUGGAAUCUUUUGUUUCUUUUUGGGACUUUAUGGGCCCGGGUCUGUUAUGAUGUAUUCGUAUAUGAUCAAACAGAGGAGGAAGGUUCUUGCGUAG